AUGGCGAAAACCAAGAAGAGAGACCGAGGGAAAAUCGGCACCUCUUCGUAUUUUCUCGGAUGUUUCGGAUUUUAUCGGGAAAUAUACUCCGACAAGCCGAUGGUUGCGGCGGAAGACGGUGGUGAGAAGAAGAUGAAUAAGAAGAAGCGGAGUCGGUGGCUUUUAUGGUCGAAGUUUCGCCUGAAGAACGGCGAGAUCAAACCGGCACCGAUCGCGGAAACAGAGAAACCGACUUCGAAGGCUGAAGGUAAAACUGAUACGCAGAAACCCCUCCCAGUGAUAAGUCUUACGACUGAUCGUAAGAAUACUCCGGCUGAUGAUAAGGCCAUGAAUCAGGAAACAAAAGAGACAAAACCGAAGGACUUACGAGACAUAACCACCGACCGAUCAAAACCCAUGGAACGGUUAGGUUCCUCUAGAAAAGACACGUGUCCUGAACGGAUGUCCAAUUCAACCCGUUACGCGAAAUCCGACAUGAAACCGUCUCCGGCAAGAAACGGGUCACGGGUCGAAAAGUUUGACCCGGUGAUUGGGAUUUCGAUCAUUAUACUGACGCUGAUGAUUAUGCUAAUCUGGGGUCGACUCUGUGCGAUUCUCUGUACAUCCGCUGGGUGCUACUUUCUACCUCGUGUCAGAGACGCAGCCGCGUUAGCAAAACGCAAACGCAGUGGUAGCGGCGGUUCUGCGUAUGUGCCGGAUUUGAAUUCAGAGUUGUAUAAAAGAAAAGUCGUUUUGGACGGGUUUCUUGGACGGCAAAACCGCGUUUCGUUGUUGUGA